AUGAGACCCGGGCGAUGGCUAGGACCCCAGUUGCUUACCCUAUCUUCACUUUCCGCUGGCUUGCAGUCCAUGCACUGGUGGUGCCAACAGUCUUCUUCCUGGGCGCCAUCAGCUCCAUGCAGUUCAUUCAGCGUUGAGUGUCCAGUUCUCAACGAGAGACGAGUAUUAGAGUAUUUACUAAAUCUUACCAGUCUUUACACAAAUUUACUACAUUAA